AUGAAACGGAGAAAAGAAGGAAAGGAAAGGUGGGAAGAUUUCGUGGCACGAGUGGGCAUGAAACGAUCGGGUGCAGGUGAAGGGAAGAAGGGAGCAGGUGCCAAGGCAGUACCGAACGACAUUCUUGUGCAGCGCAUGUCCAGCACCGCUUCAGGUAGACUUAAAAAGUUUGAGCCCUUAGAUACUCGGGACUUCUUUCCCUUCGGCGACUAUGAUGAUCUCACGAUCGCAAAUAUUAAAGAAGCCUGCGAGAAGUGUUAUCAGGCUCCAGAGGGCUCAUGCGAUAUUCUGGCGUCUGACAGGGGACCUUCCUGCACCAAGCUCGAGCAGAUCAAAGGUAAAAAGGUUUAUUUUAUUCGUUUUCUUCCACCGAAGUCCACUGAUGUUGCUCCAAAACUAGGACAGCAAUUGUUUGAGGAUAGUUUAGCACCAGCUAAGGUGACGAUGUCCGUACCAAGUCCAAUAAAAACGUCUGGAAAACUGCCUGCCUUGCAUUCCAUGGUCUUCCCCAAAUCAGUGACUAUUACUGACCUUCUGAAAGCUGAAACAAGAUUUGCGCAUGGGGCAUUUAGAGAUGCAUUUCGUGCUACUACCAUCGGUAAAGAUGCCGCACAAACCGCAUGGGUGGUUAAACGGUAUCAGGAGGAAGCAGUAAAGACCAUUAAGGAUGACCUGGGUAUGUCAUUAGAAGAUCAUACAAGAAAGCAAGUGCAAAUGAAUGCAGUUGCAGGGCACUUAACCAAACGAUUUGCUAAAAACGUACCACCUGAAUUUGGUGGUACAUUUGAUGACUUGUCUAACAACCAAAUAGAAAAUCUACCACCUGGAGUCUUCACAAACAACACCGAUUUGAGAGGGCUAAAAAUUGAAAAUAAUAAUUUAAAGGAGCUGCAUCCUAAACAGUUUCGGGGACUGGUAAAGCUGAAUGAACUCUAUCUAUCGGGAAACAAACUCAGAUACUUCCCACAAGGAAUUUUUAAAGGCCUAAAGAAGCUUCUUAUUAUAGACAUUGAUGAAAACGAAAUGACUCAUGUCUCCACCGACAACUUCAAAGAAAUUAAACAACUGAAAAUUCUGUAUAUGCAGUACAACAAGAUGAGGGAGAUUCCAUCUGGUUUUUUCGAUGUGUUGAAGGAUAUACUGCGAGUGAGUCUCGACACAAAUCUGAUGUGUUGUCAUAUGCACAAGGAGGACGCUGACUGUGCUUUCACAUACAACGACGACUUUGCCAACUGUGAGAGCAUGUUUAAGAAUUCUGCCCCAAGGAAGAGUAUCUGGGUGAUAGGAGUAUUUUCUCUGGUUGGUGCAGCGUUUGUUAUCACUUGGCGAGUGAUCUUUAAAGAAAAGAACGUGGUUCAGUCCAUCAUGUUGCUCCACUUAGCAGUGUCCGAUGGUUUGAUGGGUAUUUACCUGAUCUCUCUUGGCACUAAAGAUCUGUUGUGGAGAGGAGAGUAUUACUUGCAUGACUUCCAGUGGAGGUCUGGUUUGUCUUGUCAAAUAAUUGGAGCGAUCUCCCUUCUGUCAAGUGAGGUUUCGGUUAUGAUGAUGACACUGAUAUCUGCUGAUCGGCUUAAAAAUAUUGUGUUUCCUUACCAAGGUGCUUCUCUGAAACCAAAGGCAACACAUAUCCUGUGCAUCAUCAUAUGGGCAAUUGGCUUCCUUAUGGCCUUUUUGCCUAUGUUUGGUAUUCAGUAUUUUGAAGACCCAUUCAGGUACCAUAGUUACUAUGGUAGAAGUGUGGUAUGUCUGCCCUUGCAGCUUACUUCUGAUAAGCCGGCAGGUUGGGAGUAUUCUGUUGCUAUCUUUCUCGCUUUGAAUUUUGCUUUUUUCUUGUUCAUCAUGGGUGCUUAUCUCAUGAUACUAGUCAAGUCUUACUUGUCUAGCCGGCGACUGGCCCGUCAGGGUACUGAAAGAGAGAUCCAGGCCAGAAGAGCAAACUUUAGGAGGGAAACGGCUCUUGCAAGGCGGGUGUUCUUCAUCAUCCUGAGUGAUUGUGUGUGCUGGAUGCCGGUGAUAGUGAUUGGUAUGAGGACCAUCAUCGAGAAGUCUUACGAAGCGCAAGGAGACCUCGCUGUCUGGAUCGCUGUAUUUGCCCUUCCGAUCAACUCGGCCUUGAAUCCUAUCCUGUACACCUUGUCAACAGAACAGGUCAGAGGCAUUCUGAAGAACAAAAUGGAAAAAGUCUGGAACUACUUGAAGACCGUUUUCACCUGCUGUGGUCGGGAUCAGGAAGGCCAAGGAGAUGGGGAACAACCGAACCAACCGGGAGUAGAAGACAAUGGACAACAUGGCGGUGAGGGAGGUCGAGGAGAGGGAGAGCAAGUUAACCAGCACGGAAUGGAAGAAAAUGGAGAACAUGCGGGCGAGGGAGGACAAAUUGAGGGUGAAGAAAUCGAACUGGCGAGUAUUGGUGUGCAUCAUCCACAACAGGGCCAAGGAGAUGGAGAACAACGGAACCCACAGGGCAUGGAAGACAUUGAACAACAUGGCGGCUUGGGAGGGGAAGUCGAGGGUGUAGUUAUCGAACUGGCUCAUGUUGAUGUGCGUCAUCCACAACAGGGAGUACUUGAUGAAGCCGAAAAAAUCGAACCGGCACCUAUUGAGAAUACUGAUCUAAAUCAAGGAAAACGGAACAAGAGUUUGAAAAAAGGGGACGGUAAAUUCAGGCAUUCUACCGCAAAGAAAAAAAGGGAAAAAUCAAGAUCAAUGCGUCAAAAGUCACCUUCGGCUACCGAAGCUGUCGAUGAAGAACACACUUUUGAAGAGGACACAAAACUGUAG